AGCAUCCAAAUGUGGGGAUACUGAACUGACUGGAAGUACAAUUUUAUUCAGAGAUUUGCAGUGCCUGGUUAGCAUCGCAAUGAGAGGGCUGGUGAACAUGAAAAAUAAACUGCUUUUCAACAUGAAUUUACCUUGGCUUAUCAAGUUGUCUACAGACAUUAUAUUCAGAGGGGAUUCUACUAGGUUUCUUUGCCUUAAGAUUGAUAGCUCCAGUGAUGAAUUGGACAAGGAGAACAACAUUUUAGUGAAAAAUCUGGCUGGUAUGGGCGUGGAUGUCAAAAUGGUAAGAAAACGACAGCCUGGUGUUCUCAAGAGGCAGAUCACUAAUGAAGAUGGCCUGAAUAUUUUUUUGCAAGGAAAAGGGGCUAACAGAGAAGCCAUUGCCAGUAUAAUCUCACACUAUCCACGUGCCAUCACUCGCUCACACCAGUCUCUCAAAGAACGCUGGGAAAUUUGGUGAAGCAUUUUGAUGACCGACAUGGAAAUUGUAACAAUCCUGAAACGUCCCCCUGAAUCCUUUUUUUUGUCUGGGAUUAAUGAAAACAUGCAGAAGAACAUCACCUUAUUUUGUUCUAAUGGGCUGACUUCUAAGGAUCUUGGCAACAUGCUGACCAGAGUUCCAAGGGUGUUUUCUAACAGUAUAGAGCUCAAUAAACAAAUGAUAAGCCUCUUGAAUGACAUCUAUUUAGAUCUAGGUGGAGAAAAGCCAGAUGACUUUGUAAAACAGAUAAUUUCUAAAAAUGUCUUUGUCCUCUUACGGAGCAGCAAGCAAGUGAAAGCAAAUGUUCAGUUUCUGCAGUCAUCUUUAAGUCUGAGCAAUGAGGAAUUUCUAACUCUGUUGCAUGGGCAAGGAGGUGAUGUUCUGGAUCUCUCUAAUGAAUACCUUAAAAAGACACUUGCAAAUGUGAAAGAGAAACUGUUGUCUCAUUGGUGCACUGAAAAAGAGGCAGAUAUGUUUGUCCUUAAGCACCUUCACAUUCUAUACCUUUCUCCACAGAACCUGAAUGAUAAAAUAGAUUGCCUCUUGCAGGCAAAUAUUAACAUUAAUCUAAUACUGAAAAGUCCUCUAGUUCUGGACAAAAGCAUCAAAACUAUAAGUAACCGUAUUGAUGAGCUGGGAAAGCUAGGCUAUAACUUUAAAAUCCAUGGGAUUGGAAUUCUUGCGUUAAGUAAACAACGAUUUGAAGCAAAAUUGGAAAAGUUCCAUGCAGCAACCAUUUUGCACGGCUCUAAUUGAUGUGCAACCACUAAUGCAUGGGUCUUUUUGGACCCA